CAAAGAAGAGGAAGAAGAAGAAGAAGCUCCAAGAAUCUGUCGCAGAAAUCGCCAUGGCAGUCACAGCAUUUAACCCAUUGAAACUUGCAUCGUCGUCUCUAGAUCCGAUUCCUUCAAUCUCUUCUUCUUCUUCUUCUUCUUCUUCUUAUUCAUUCUCUUUGAUAUCUGUCGGAUCUUCUUUCAAGAGAUGUCUAAAGCAGUCAUGUUCUGUUCGAGCCAUGUCUUCUUCUUCUUCUUCGGCUGCUUCUUCUUCUUCCUUCGGAUCGAGAAUGGAAGAGAGCGUGAGGAAAACAGUGACUGAGAACACUGUCGUUGUUUACUCCAAAACUUGGUGCUCAUACUGUACUGAAGUGAAGACAUUGUUCAAGAGACUUGGGGUUCAGCCACUGGUUAUUGAAUUGGAUCAACUUGGUCCACAAGGGCCACAACUGCAGAAGGUACUGGAAAGACUUACUGGGCAACACACUGUUCCUAAUGUUUUUGUCGGAGGCAAGCACAUUGGUGGCUGCACAGAUACAGUGAAGCUUAACAGGAAAGGAGAUCUGGAAGUGAUGUUAGCUGAAGCCAACGGUAAAACUGGGGAAGUUGCAGAGAAUCUAGCGAGACCAAUGGCUACUCUGGUCUCGUCUCAAACUUACAUCUACCAUUGUCAUAUUAGUAAACAAGCUCUUUAUCAGGCAAAAGAAUCAUACUCUCCUCGUAGAUUUUCUCGUCAUAAUCACAGAGAAAGGCUUGAUUUUUCUCCUAGAUUGACAAUAACUAGAAAGCACCAACCUUUGUCUUUCAACACCGUGUGUUUUGCUGCAGACGAGCCCUCCGAAAUCAGUGCUGAUGCUAGAAUCCGUAGUGAGGUUCUGUCUCCCUUCAGAUCAGUCCGUAUGUUCUUCUACCUCGCCUUCAUAGCUAGCGGUUCACUAGGGGGACUAAUAGCCACUUCCAGGCUCAUCGGUGCCCUGGCGAAUCCGGCUAGAUCAGGGGAAGUUCUUGAGAUCGUUAAGGGUUUGGGAAUUGACAUUGGUGCUGCUUCUCUCUUUGCGUUCCUCUACUUCAACGAAAACAAGACCAAGAACGCGCAAAUGGCUAGGCUCUCGAGGGAAGAGAAUCUUGCCAAACUCAAAAUGAGGGUCGAAGAGAACAAUAAGGUUAUCUCGGUAGGUGAUCUGAGAGGCAUUGCUAGGCUUGUGAUCUGCGCUGGUCCUGCGGAGUUUAUUGAAGAAGCGUUUAAUAGAAGUAAAGAGUUUACACAAGGGCUUGUGGAGAGAGGUGUGGUUGUUGUGGCUUAUGCUACGGAUGGGAAUUCGCCGGUUUUGGAGUUUGAUGAGACUGACAUUGUGGAUGAAGAAAUGAGCCAGAGAAGGAAGAGAUUGUGGCGGGUGACUCCGGUUUUUGUCCCGGAAUGGGAAAAGUGGUUAAAUGAGCAGAAGAAGCUUGCCAAUGUUUCUUCAGACUCUCCAGUGUAUUUGUCACUGCGUUUGGACGGGCGUGUAAGGGCAAGUGGAGUGGGUUAUCCUCCAUGGCAAGCCUUUGUAGCACAACUUCCACCGGUUAAGGGAAUCUGGACCGGUCUUCUUGACGGUAUGGAUGGUAGAGUGUAAAUACUCUAAUACUUUAGGGACAAAAUGACAUGUUUCUAGUCUCAUAUAAAAUUUAUCAAAUGUA